AAUCAUUCAUCGCUCGACUCUCAUUGUGUGCGGUUUCGGUUUCGGUUUCAGUUCGCCGCUUGAACUUGCCACUUGUGAACCCGCGAGUUGUGCGCGACAUUCGCAGUUACCUUAUUUAUUUGUUUCCCUAUAAAUAUUUAUUGAAUUGCAUGAGUUAUGUGCCAGCUACAGCUACAGCUAGGCCUCCUGCUGACUCUGCUGCAGAUCUCGCUCCAUUGGGCACAGAACCUGCCAUACAUUGCCUGUCCAGAGCUGUUCGAGUACUUGGGCUACAACCAGGAGCACAUUGGCCACAUAAACCUGAAACUGGACUCAUCCAUUUUGGAAAAUUCACUGCGCGUGGAGCUUUCCCAGCCAGGUCGAUAUACCACCAGCUACCCGGGGGACCUGAAUCUACUGGAGAAUGAGGAAUCGGUUAGGUAUCGACUGCGCUACAACGAACCCAUCAACUAUCGCGUGGACUUUCCCACGCCGGGUGUGGUUCCAAAACUAACUUUGAUCUCCCUCAACGGGCGGAUUGUGUGCCGUUCUAUGCCGUAUGCUCCUCCCAGUACGAAACUUUCGUUAUCGCACACUCUACGUUCCACGGGGCCUUUGCUGAGUCAGCCUGAACAAAGACCUAGGCAGCCACAAUUUUCACAACAGCCACAGCAGCCGCAAUAUCCACAGGAGCCGGAGGAACCAGUGAGAGCACGACCCCAACCUCAGCCACAGCCUCAGCCUCAGCCACAGCUCCAAGAACCAUUCCGACCACGACCAGGGCCAACGCCAGCACCACAAUUUAUCCCGGAGCCGACUUCAACCACCACACAGCGAGCCACAGCACUAUCACCCGCUGGACAUCGACCCUCAGGCAACAGACCCCAGACCCUGGGACAAUUGAAUGGCGUCUGUGGCAAGGAGAAGCCCGUCAGCACGCCGCUCAUCCAUUUCGGGCAGGUGGUGGAGCGGGGACAGCUGCCCUGGAUGGUGGCCCUGUACGAGCGAGUGGGCAACGAGUACAACUUCCUAUGCGGCGGCACCCUCAUCUCGGCCUCCACCGUGCUCUCGGCGGCCCAUUGCUUCCGCUUCGGCAGCCGCAAUCUGCCCGCGACUCGCACAGCCGUGUCGCUGGGCCGCAACUCCUUGGAUCUGCUGACGCAAGGAGCCCUGCGAGCAGUGGCCGAGCUGGUCAUCCACGAGCAGUACAAUCCCAGCAUCUAUACAGACGCGGAUCUGGCGAUGCUGAAGCUAUCAGAGCCGGUGGAUUUCACCGACUAUAUCCGACCCAUCUGCCUGUGGAACGAAAACUAUCUGCUCGAUCUGCCGUCGGGCCACAAGUCCUAUGUGGCCGGCUGGGGCGAGGAUGAGCGGGGCAACAGGAACUCUCGGAUCGCCAAGAUGACGGACACGGACAUCAUCACGCUGCCGGAGUGCCGGGGUAAUCUCACAUCCGAGAAUGUGCGCUUCGUCACCUCGCGCACCGUUUGUGCCAGUAAUCGGGAGGGAGCCGGUCCCUGUAACGGGGACUCUGGCGGUGGUCUGAUGCUCCAGGAGUCGGACAUCUGGCUGCUGCGCGGAGUCGUCUCAGCCGGCCAGCGGCUGAGCAAUCGCUGCGAUCUGUCGCAGCCCGUGAUCUACACGGAUCUGGCCAGGCACAUCGACUGGCUGCACACGGUCAUGUGGUACUGAGAGCCUUUCCCUAGACGAUUAGUUAAUAGCUUGUAUGUGAAUCCAGUGCCAAAAUAAACGCUAGCCUAGUUUUUUAUUUAC